UAAAUGUCAGCGGCAGAGCCCACAACAGCUGCGGAGGGUGGGUGUUGUCGAGAGACUGCGAAAGCACGAUCGUCGGAGUGCGCUUGCACCAUCGCUAGAUUCCUAGACGUUUCCCAACCAAUUAUGCUCAGGAUUCAGCUGUCCGGUACUGAUAACACCCUGGCUAGCUGGAGAAACAGCUGCUGGCUGUAAAUCUGGCACGACGAGUUGUUACUGCUGGCUUGUGCUGCCAAGGUGCUGCGCGACGCUGGACGUCAAGUCGGCCAAGUUCCUCGGCACUCCGCUGCUAGUGUUUGUUAGUCCGGGUGCCUUGCUGCCGGGUGAAGGUGCUAUCGACUGCACGAGCGCUGUGCACGCCGAAGUACUGAAAACGUAAAAAUUUGCACUGCGCACUUCAAUUGCUCAACACUCAUCGCCCUCGCGCAUCGUGCCGCCAGUCGAGGGGUCUGUGCGCCACUUCUUUGAUUGCGCGCCGACAACCCAGUUCGGGAUCGACGGCCCUGCGGUAUCAAACGGCAGAGAGAGAGAAGCUUAGGCCGGAAGCGGCGGGGAUAUGCUUCCAUGGACUAAGCAGCAGUGUUGACUAAAACGUGGAGCGCGUGUGCGAAGCGAAAGCGGCGAUCCGGCUUUCGUUUCGCCGUCGGAAGCACCCACUACGCUGCACGCGCGAGCGUCGCAUGGGCAGGCGCGCUUACGUGCGAGUGCGCGCUCUUUCAGUGCUGUGCAUCGUUCAAGCUACUGGCGUAUGGGCGUAUGUUGCUACUACAGCUGGUGCCAUCGCUUGACCGAUGACGUGCCUGCUUGACGGUCAGGCCGGUCGCCUUGGAUGCUCUUGAUCGGUAUAGUGCACACCGGGGCCAUUCGGCUGAUGUCGGGUGCUGCGGACGUCUCGAGUUUCGCGAUAAAGACCAGAACGAAUUUCUAGGUGCGACUAGGGUCAGCUUUGCCCAGUGUGUGGUUCCGUCACUUGUGAAACUUUACCGGACCGCCGUCGCGCGCGUGCUGCGCGGUGGGUGUAUCGAGGUGGAGUGGUGUUGGCGGCAGCCGCAUUGGAUCGCCGUAGGAGAGACGCACCUCCCUCGGGCUGCUGCACCCUGAGGCUGGUCCGCAGGAUGGGUGCACUAGUGAGCAGCUUCUUUCAGACGGGGGGACACUUGUUGUCACCAGGUGCGUCUGAGGGCACACGCCGAGUUGUCCUGGCAUUGCUUGAGGAGAUGCGCUCCAGAGAGGCAUCUCACAUCCACUGGUCAUCAAUAGAAAGUUAUCUUGUGCAGAUACCAAAGGGUGAAAACAUCUUGUCAGUGGUGGGUCCGGACAACUACAACCUACUUCAGCGUGCCAUUGGCUUCAACUGUGUGGAGCUGGUGCGUUGGAUCCUGGGACGAGGAUGCGAUGUAAACCGUGGUGUCUGCAGCCUGCCGCUUCAUAUUGCCGCCCUGCAAGGCAACGAAGAAAUCGUUGAGCUGCUGCUAAAGCAUGGCGCCCGUGUUGACACUGAGGCACGGAUGUGCUUCCCAGGUCCACAUAAUCAAGUGUGCGAGCUUUGCAGUUCAGUGGGAGGCACUGGUCCGUCUUCUGACCGCUACUCUGAGCGCCUCCAAUCUGCAGAGUACUAUGCCAUCGACGGAGACCAUUCAGACAUCUUAGAGCUCUUGUUGGCUCAAGGGGAAGACAGCUGGCUUCCCUGGCAGCAGAAGCGGCCCUUGCUGCAUCUGGCUUGCGAGCGGGGUGCCUGGAAUUGUGUCCGCUUUCUUGUUGCCGAACGCUCCGAGGAGCUCAAUCAGUGCUAUGAUGAGUACUACCCCAUCCACCAGGCUGCACUUCAGGACAAGAAGUUUUUGGAGUUGCUGAUACAGUGCGGAGCCGAAGUGAGUGCUCGUACGACAACUCAGCAGCUGACUGUGCUCCACGUGGUGCUUUUGCUGGGAAAGAAGUCUGCCGAGGAGACACUAUCAGUGCUGAGGGCCCUGCAGGACCAUGGCUGUCGAGAACUUCUCAACGAGCCCGACAGUCUGGGCAACACGCCCUUGCAUGUGCUGAUUGUGCGGUAUGCGCUGGAGGAGUCGCGGCUAGGCUACCAGGAGCCCCGCCCGUGGACUAAGUGGGACAUGCUUCAUUUAGUGCGCUACCUCCUACAGAGCGGUGCCGGGCCAAGCAUCAACCAACCGGGCAACAGUGCAUUGGCAUGUGUUCUUCGCCACGUUCGUGACUGGGAGUUCCGCUACGAGCUGCUGGACAUGCUCCUCCAAAACGGCGGCGAUCCCAACUGUGUUGGCCGCGAUGGGUCGGCGCCACUCAUGGUGUGUCUGGUGCCUCUCAUCAACAAGGACCCGCUGCAUUCUCUUUCUCACAACAAAAAGGUGUUCUACCUCAACUCGGUGCGUCUGCUGUGUAGGUAUGGAGCAAACCCCAACUGCAAGUCACGCAGCAACCUGACCCCCAUGCAUGUGCUGGUCUUCACAGCGAGCGAGUACAUCACGCUGAACAGGGAGGAUGACAAGCGCAGUGCGUUCACCUUCAUCCGACAGCUGUUGACAGUACUUCUUCAGCAUGGAUUGGACCCUAAUGCCCGUUUCUCACAGCGAAUGCAGCACAUCUUGCUCGCUUUGUUGGACUUGGUGCAAAAUGCGAGGCUCGCUUCAGACUUGGAACAUGUGCACGCACUAACACUUGCACUCCUUGUGCAUGGUGCAGACCCGGAUGUGCAAGUUAGCUCAUCGGAUCCAGUCAUCUGUCACUCGCAGAGCUCAGUGUUCCUCAAGAAAGCCUCUAACCAGGUUCUGCACUAUUACAUCCAUCAACUGAGCCGCAAGCACGACCUUCUUAACGACCCUGAGCAGCGGUUCGCCGACCUUAUCCGACUGUUCUAUUACACCAUGGACCACCGCAAGCUCUACAGUUGCCUCAAGAGUUUUCUGGGCCAGCCGGUUGUGCUGCCUGCAGCGACCGCUGGUUGCAUCACACAGCUGCUGAGGUCUAUGUACAGCCAGCCACGCUCGCUCAAGCAGAUUGCCCGGGUGGCCAUACACCAGGCUCUGCGACACCAAGUUGCCACUCUGGUAGGGAAACUGUCACUCCCAGGACCUCUAAAGGAGUACUUGCUUCUCGACUGGACGCCUUAGAGCUAGCGCCCCUGCCAACUGAUUGCCACACUGUUGCUGCGGCAAAGGUGUUGGGUCUUGUCUCCCUUUCUGUCUUCUCAGCAUGAAAGAAUUGCAGUGUGCAGAGACGAGGAUAGUAACAAGGAUGUACAGACAUGUGGGCAGGCACUGUGUGAGUGUCAACUGCACGGCUUUGUUUGUCCCCGUCUGAUUGCACUGCAACUCUUGUUUUGAGUGCGGUGCCAGAUAAUAGCCUGUGAAAGAGCAGUGUUGGAUCUGCCACUUUCUAUCUGGUCAAGCCUUCCCUUGCCCCCAAACUUCUUUUCCAUGGUUUUUUUUUAUUUUUUUGCUGGUGCAAGAAAGUUUGUAGUGCUUUGCUUACGGUAUGUUUCGUUUUUGGUUGUGUUAAAGGGGUGCUGAAAUGCUGCUCUCCUCUCUUGUUUGUUCAUCAAUGCUUGUUUCGGUGCUUCAUACUCCUUCAUCAGUUCUGUUGUGUACUAUUGUGGACAAAUGAAACGAAACACGAACAACUUAGGCCUAACAAGAACACAUUAUUUAAUUUCUGCUUUUUCCCCCACAUAACAUCGGCAUAAUUCUGCCUUUGAGCUUAGUUUGGGGUUUAUGCUUUUGCAACCGGUUAAGUGGUGGCGAAAAAUCUUUCUCUUGAGUUACAACUUGUAAGAGGUGUGUGGACGAAUGAAACAAAACACGAACAACUUAGGCCUAACAAGAACAUGUCAUUUAAUUUCUGCUUUUCCCCCCACAUAACAUCGGCAUAAUUCUGUUUUUAUGCUUAGUUUUGGGGUUUACACUAUCUUUGGCAACCGGUUAAGUGGUGGUGCAAAACCUUACUCUUGAGUUACAACUUGUAAAAGGUGUUCUGCUGUAGUAUAUUUGGCACGUGCUCAUUUUGUUUAUAUGUAACAUUUUUCACCAGGCUAACAUCACAAUAUGACAAUAUUUUCCUGUUUGCAUCUCACUUGUCCACAAUAGUAUGUGGAUGAUUUCUGUUGCACUGUUUGACAAGGAGGCCAGUGUUGGGUGUUUCUACUUGUACCAGAAAUCAGGGCACGGUGAAAAGCAUACCAACGACAGGGAAACAAUGUGGUGGCAUUGAUGGCCAUACACCGCAUCGUGCAUGGAUCAACUGAAAAUUGAGCAUGUUGGUAGGCAUUCAUGUUGCUCAAAAGCGGGCAUGCGAACAAGGACACAGGUAGCAACAAAAAGGUAUUUGUGUUCUCCUUUGCGUUCCUUCUUGUAUCUGUGCAGCCUGCCUUUCAAUAGCAUGAAUCAUGCAUGGGUUUGGCUUUCUCUGCCACCCAGUAUAGUAUUAACAAUGAUGGAGGCGCCAAAUAAAAAAAAAUAAAAAAAUCUUCAGCUUUUAUUACGAAGGCGGUUUGGGGCCCCUUUGAGGUUUUGAUUUCGUGCAAAGCCUAAAUUAAUAUAUGCCGAUAUGUAAUGUGAAAGUUGCUUGUCAUUAUAAAGAUUUCAGGUUGAGAACCUUAAGUACCUUCGCUUUUGUAAAGGCAUUAAGCGACUGGCCAUCAUAGCAUGUUCUCAUGACGUUUUUCUUAGAUUAUAUGGAUUCUCGUUCUCUUUAAACAUGCAUUUUUACUUUAUUGUUCAACCUAGAUUCUAGUUAUACUUCUUGUUCUACAUUAUUCAUGGAUAAGCACAAACAGCUAGGUUGCAGCUACAGGCAGCCCACAUAACAGGUUAAGAACGGGGCACCCCCGAGAACAAUGCAGCAUUAUAAAGGGACUGAAAUAGUGCAAUAUUGUAACAAUAUUGUAUAGUAAUAUUGUAACACAAAAACUGGAACUAUCUGUAGAAUUUCUUAUGCAUACAAAAAGCAUUCUGAAUAUUUUUAUCACAUUUUUAACUCAAGUAAAAGCUAAUCCUGCUACACAAUAUUACCAUUAGCAUUUUGACAUGCCAGAGCUUGUGUUGCAGGUACUAAUUAGUUAAAGUAAUAAUCAAGUGCUAAAAAGAAUAGUACAGUGAUUAGUAUUGUGCUUACAAAAAUGAAUAAAAACCAUCCAUGGAAAAAGAUGAGCACUACAAGUUAAUUCAGAUAAAGGAGAAAGAAAUGGUGCACAAAUUUAGCACAUAAACAUACGCAGCAAGGUCCUUUGUAUAGCAGCAUAAAGCAAAACUUUUGAAUAAUAAUUUAGAAAUAAGGACAGAUUGCGCAAAAGAAAGAAAGCACACCAUUAGUGAAAGGUAUUGCUCAAGCAUCGGGACAUUGUGUUCUACACUGAAUGUGAAGCUAUGCAACUAAAGUUGUGGACAGUAGUGUAGGACAUCUUCAAUAAUGAACUUUAGAAAAACUUCUACAGGGUACUUCCAUGUGUAAAACCUUGACAUAAUGAUCACAGAUACAACAAACCUUAAAAUGUUUCUCAGCGAUAUCAGCAUGUAACGAAUAUAGGCUUAUAACGAAUAUGGAUAUGACGAAGGUAUUUUUGCAUCAGAUGCAAUAUCAUUGUAAUGAGGUUGGACCCCAUUGUCCCUAUAUGUGUGCCUUUGUUUAGUCAUCUAGGCUUUAGAUGACACUAUAGCCUGUACAGCAAAAUGCAAAUCUCCAUCGUUUUCUCGCGGCAACGAAUCUACUAACAGAUGUCAACCAAAAAGUGUGUCAUGCGCUCAUUUGCAUUGACUGUGAUGUUGAAUGAAACAGAAAAUUUUUUUUUUCUGUGUGAUAUGCAGGCCUUUAGCUAAUUGUCCAAAUAAUGUGUUUAAUUACAUUGAGGGCAAAACCAAACAUGGUUUGUGUUAUUGCACAAAGAAGCCUCACAUGCUCCUGUUGUUCAUGGACUUCCACUGAAAAUUAUUUUGUUGUGCGGUAAUAUCUUUUACGCUUUACCUAGUCUGAAACAUCCCAAUUAGCGCACUCAUUCUGACCAUUCGAUUUGAGACGUCAUAUAGGUAUUUAACCAGGCUCUAGCUUAUAUGGCACCUGCUCUUCUGGAAGAUCAAGACUUGUAUUGUUAGUGCCGAAGAUUCAGGUAGUUGGCGUUCACAUUACUUCCUCUUUGGCAUAAAAAGCAGGCUAUAAAAGCAGGCUGUAAAAGUAGGCUUGGAAGAGUUGAAAUACUAAGUUAUUGUGUUUUUCUUCCUCACAGUACUGCAUACAGUACAAUACAAUACAAUCUUUAUUGUGCAUAAAGAAAACAAAGUACAUAUAGCAGGCCUACCAAAGCAUUUGACUAAAUUGACUACAUUUGACUACAAUUGACAACAUUUGACUAAAUUUCGUUGCAGAAUCAGCCAAAAUGAAUUAACAAAUAGCAAUUUUUAGUCAUAUGUUUCUCAAGCUGUCAAACCUAUCAUGGGGUGACUGCUUCAUGGAAAAUGUACAUGUUGCUUAGCGCAGGAAUGUAUGCAGCAUGAGCUCUAUUUCUCUCUCUCUCCAACUCCUGCAUUUGCAACGUCAUAUCUGAAGUUGGUCAGGUCAUCACAUUGGCUAUGUGCGCUUGCCACUCACUGCUUAAUUGCUUGAAUAAAAGGCGCAGUUGCAUGAUCUGAUAGCAAGUGUGCAGACACAUCUGAUGUGUUGUUGGCCAUGCAUGAUAUGAUAAUUUCUGUACUAAACAAUGGAGACGUCAUGCAAUGUUAGUUUGGCACAACUGCCAGAGUGUUUGCUGCAGUAGCCUAAUUUGAGUGUGUUGAGUGAGUUACUGCACUUUGCAGCGAGUGUGUUGCACAGCUUACAUGGAAUGUUUUAGGGUCGGCACUAGUUGCUGGCGUGUGAAAUGCAGCUUGCCUUUCCUGGUCAUACACUUUUCUCACGUGGCCUGACUGCGACACUAUUGUCUCUUAAAGUUCUCUCCAGAGCGGGCAAACUUGUCUUGGGCAUGUUCACCUCAAGCACUGCAUUUGAUGUGUGUAGUCGUAAAGGAGCAUUAAACGCAAAUAUUGACGGAAUUUUUACCAUUAAAUUACCAUCCCUAUCCUAGGGACUACAUGGCGUAUUUUAUGCCAAUAAAUAACUUAGUUGCAGAGAAAGUUGCAGCUAAAGGCUUUCUUCGACAGCAGUUUGAAUCAUAUGCGUCAAGUUGUGCGGUGUGAAUAGGAAUCGCGUGCUGCACCAGCUGUCUAGGAAGUCUGGCACUUCCAAGCAGAGAGACAUUCCUACAAAUGGUGCCGACAUAGAAAUGCAACGAGGUAACAUCAGCAAGUUCCUCUGUACGGGAAUCCAGUAAAAUUGGCUAAACUGUUUUCUGUUUCAUGUUGAAAUGCGAUGCAGUUAUUCUUGUUGUCAGUGCUUGACUACUGUUUAGCAAUUACAAGCAGGGCUUUGGCACCGUAUUUUUUAGUGAUGCACCAAUCCUACCCUACGCUUGCAUCAUUUUCUGGCUCACAAAAGCUUGGUUCUCAGUGUGAUGGAUAAUUUCGACAUUUUGGGCUAACACUCUAACACUUAUAGCUCGUCUUAUCAGUGCUUGCUCGGGAGGGUAUGUCUCGAGCAGCCAGGAGUGCUGUAAACAAAGUGUUUACAGAGUGUUUGAAGUUCUAUGUAUCAAAGCAGCACUGGUGGCAUGAGCUGGAAAUUGAAGCAUGUGCCCAGCUGAUGGUACCCCGUGCUGCGAACCCACAGACUACAGAUCGUGGCAGUGAUUCACGCCUGAAAUAAAAUGCACCAUGGCAAGCAUCAAUGGAUCUUAGGAUGAAACUUGCCACUGCUUUGUCUAAUGUGAAGUGCAAACUCUUCGUGUUUGACAGGCUGGCAUGCUUUCUGCGCAGUGCAUCGACUGUUCCUUUCUCUUAUUCUUCAUUGUUGAAAGGCUUGCACUUCUGUGCAUGCACCUGUACACGUAACAUGGCUAGUAUGGCCUCAAAUGUACGUCACACACUGCCGCAACUGUAAAACCUGAUGGUUUGUAUGUACAUAACUUGCAGCAUGCUCUGCUGGACAGUGUGAAAGUGUUGUGCCGAUGAAUAACAUCGUAGUGUGAGCGUGUAUACAGUGGUGUGCUGCAUUCUCUUUGGUGUGGGAGAAUCGCACUUGUGCCCUUCUUAGCAAUUUUUCUUGCCAUAUAGGUGUGUUGAAAAGUUUUUUCAGCAUGUGAACAUUGCGAGUCCUGAAACUAUUCCUUUGUGAAACUGUACAUUGAUACGUGAAAUGAUGGUGGGGUUGCCCAAACUGGAUUUGGCGAUGUUUCUAUCAGUGUGUGCAUGUUUUAGACACUUGUGUCGGGAAGAAAAAGCACUUUCUUGAACUUGCUUUUGAGUUUAAUAAUAAUAGCACUGUUUUGCUUUUAUACUGGGCUUUUGAACUCUGCCCACGUGAAGGAAAGUAGAGGCUUUGGACUUGUACGUUUCACAACUUUGAUGUUGCACUUGCUCGUCAGUGUUACAUGUCUUGGAAUGUGCAUUCGAGUUUGGGUGUAGUCUUUGGAUUAUGUUUUGUCUCGAUCAAGUUUUUACUGUGGAGGUCCCUUUUCUUCAUUUAAUUUUGCAUCGAUGUAGCAGAGGAGUGUUUUGGAAUACGAGCGCAAUUUUGAUACAUUGUGGUCCCAUGCAUGUGUAAUAGCUGUUCUGCCUAGUUUGAGGGUUUGCGAUGUUUGUGAGGGUUUGAUGUUUGUGAAUGUUGUGGAUGAAACUGGCAAUGCGGUUGUGUCUGUCAACUUCUUGUUAUUAUACAUAGUUUAUGCCCAGUGAUUGUUGUGUGCUGUACAAAUGUCAUUCAGCAAUGUUGUUUCACAUAAGCUGCCAACAAGAGAGUGCCUGCUCAAAAAACAGCAUAGAGGGUGCAAAUGUAAACGUCACGAACGUGCACUUAAUGUACUGCACAUUUGCAGACGAGUGAAGUCACUUGUGUACUGUGUGGUUUCCUGUGUGGUUCCCUGUGUGGGAAUAUGCAGCAGUGACGUUAGCCCUUGAGGUGUUCUUUGCACUUCGGCUACAAUACUGGUGGUAAAAAGAGUGGUCUGUUGAAUGGAACAGUCUUGUUUUAAAGGGACACUGACGAUAAUUAUUUGAGCUGUGUUACUUAACCACCCUUCCAUAUUGCCAGAAGAAGCCAAUCUUACUGUGAGAGGAGACUUGGUAAGCCAGAAAAGCUACAAAAACAAAAUACAAGUGGCAGUGCCAUUUCGAAGUUUCCACACUAGCUCACCGUGACAUCAUAGACAUUAUCGGCUUAUGCUUGAGCCUAGUAAAAUUUUUAUCAGUAUGGAUGGAUAACAUUGCAUUCUAAAGAACCAAAGACUGAUGUCGAAAUGUUCUAAAACUUUUACUGCAUAAUGAUGGUCCAGGUUAGAGAAAUUACUUUGAAAUCCAUAACGUCACACUAAUGUAUCAGCAUUGGAAAAUCAACUUGAAGUUAUGGAAGUGUGGGCCUUUUAUCUUCUAGUACGCAACAUCUUGCUGCGAGAUCAACGAGUUUUGAAGGAAGACUUUAUCUGUCUAAACUGAUUUCGUGCUUUUCAUUAGUGUUCCUUUAACUCUUGAAGUGUCCUUCUCAUGUAAGCCAUGGCACAUGUGAUAAAAUGAAUAGUUUGAGUACACUAGUAAGCACCUUUUAAAACUCAUUCUGUUAAUACAAAUUUUCCAGAUAAUGUGAUCGGAUAUGGGGGCUUGUGUUUAAUUCCCACAAAUUCUUGGCGCUGCUGUGAAGUUGAACGUCUGAUAAGAGAAAGAUUUCCAAAUACAGAUUUGCAGAUAAUUGCCAAGGAGCCAAUCAUCCUCUCUUGACCGAUUUGUUUUAAGGCAUAGUAGCUUGGCAUACAAGCUUUUAUUUUCCCCCAGAUAAAAGCUCUGCCAUAAAUAGCAAUCAACUUUCGUAUUACCAGACGUUUCGAAUAGGUGCUCUGUGCAAACAGCAUUUUAAGCUCUUUGAACAGGCCUGUUCAAGCAUCAGUGCUUGCAAAAAAAAAAGAAAAAAAGUCCAAACAUGCUUGAUUAGCCUAAACCUAAAGAAGCCAAGGCCAGUAUAAAGCAACAUUUUUUUUUUAUUUGAUGCUCCAGAAGAACUGAUUUUGGUAAUAAUUUAGAUAGGCCAGUGGUUAAAUCUGAAAUGGAAAUACAAUAGGAAUAAAAUUGUUACAUUAUUCUGAGCUAGCUAAGAUGAUAGAAUUGCUUAAAAAAUUAACUGAGCUGAUAUUUCUUCUUAGCAGAGAAUAAAAUGAAAAAUAACACUAGACAUUCAGAUUUGUACUGCUUGCUUAGAUAGUUAAAAGAAAGAGUAUACAGUAAGUGCAGUAAUUGAUCCACCGGGCUUUUUUUAAUGUACCUAGGUAUAUAGAAGGCCUGAGAAAAACAGCACAUAAAAGUCUGAGGUUACACAGGUUAUGCAGGUUAAAGUAUCUGCGACAAGGUAUUUCAGACUAUUGAUAUCGUCAAAUAUGUACUAGGUAGCUGGAAUUAAAAAUUUAGGUUAUUAUGCCGUGGUCACAAAAGGCUAACUUUAUCAAAAUGUGGUUAUCUUGAGAACAGCAGGUGAGGAAAUUUAUCAGACUAUUUUUUACUUUGGGCAACCUUCUCAGAUCACUGGGUGCUACAUGGAUAAUCUAAAAAUGAUAUAAGCUUCAAAAAUCUAUUUACAAUAAGCUGCAUGGACAACAACUAAAAUAAAUUCUCUGGGGCCAUACAACUCAUCUUGCCAACUUAUGUGAAUUACUUUUCUGCUGCCUUUGCUUCAGCUGUAUUUGCACAAGAAACUGCACUCAUAAUAAUGCAGCUUGUUUGGUAAAACAGCAGAUUUUAGCCUCAAAAUCUGCGUGUUACAAUGCGUAGUCUCUAGCUUGGCUCUUUGGGAACCGCUGGAAAAAUUCUGCUGGGUAUUUUGGAGAAGCUACCUGAAUCUUCGACCGAGCACUCAUAUCAAACACUGGUUUUUCAUUCCAAAUCUGUCAGAAAAAAAACAAUGUUCUGAGCUUGACCUCGUGUAUCUGGCAAAAGCAAUACGACAGUAAAGCACGGGAGACCAAACUGUCGUUGAGCUAGUUGAUUCAGGAGCCGACCAGUGCAAAACAAAAUUAUCUGCUGGACUACAACCUGUUCUGGAUUGAUAUUUUUUUUUCUACUCGAGUGUUCUGACAGAAAUGUCAUAGGCUUGCAAGUAUCACUCGUAAUGUAGGUGGAAGCAUUUUUCAGUUUGCACGCCAUGGACGUAGCUUGCAUGUCGUUGACUACUGUGGGCCACGUUUAAAAGCACCUGCCUUUCGCUUGAAAUGUUUGAAGUUCUGUUCAGGUUAAUAAAACCUGAAAAUAUCAGCUCCUUUUUGUUUUGUGACCUAAAUUGACAUUUUCUUUUUAAAGGCUACCCUUUAUGAAGGAAAGUAUUUUACGAUCAUACUGGAGCUUUCAAGCUUCAUAGACAUACCAGCAAUUGUUGUGCACGUACGUUAGGAGAGCCACAAAGUUUUGUUAUGCAGAGCGUUGGCCAUAGCUUGGCUGUCAAAUAGGAAGUUGAAAACAAGAUUCCGGUGAUCAAUACAAAUCGGGUUCUUGGAUGCAUAUGAUGCUUAUCACUUGUACAUAGUUGGUAUGUGACGUGCACGUGUUGAGAACACUGAAGUGUUUAAAGCACAGCAGAGAGUGUCUGCUGUAUGCGUACAUUUCACUGUGAUUUUUCAGUGAGCAAACUGCCCAAAUGCAACCAUCAAGAAUGCUGUGUAGGUGUUUGGAGUAGUAGUCAACAUGUCUAUAAAUUAAAAACUAAAAAAAUAAUAACGAUAAAAAAAAAGUCGAUCUCCUGCCUUGACUCAACAGCUUAUAGUGCUGGCAUUGUGAAAUGGAAUAUAUCUAUACUUGUAUACUGCGUGUUCCUUUGCUGGUAUAUAUUGCAGAAGCUUUUUCUUUUUUUGCUCACAUAUAUAAAAACAAUUGUAAACCAAUUUAUGCUUCCUUUUUUGUUUCUGAUAGCAGUGAAAAUAUUAGUUUUUGCCUGAAAUAUAUAUAUGUUACUUUUAUCAUAAUCUAGGAAUACUGGCAUGUAGCCAUGAAGGGCAGCAUCAGUGACAUCUACUUCAUGACAUUGUCUUCAUCAAAGGUUAAGCAUAUUGUCUAGUUUAAUCAGUACGUUUUACACCGUAUGUUGUACAGUAUGUUUCAUGUUCGUGCUGAAUGGCUGUUCUUGGCAAGAAAAGGCAAAAUAUAGCUCUGGUAAGGCUACGUUUCUGGUGAUAGCUAUAAGCCAACAUCUAAACAGAACAAACGUUGCAUGCUACAAACAAUGCUUCAGCUGAGUCUCGCAAGAUGUCACCAGCAGCACACCUGCUCAUAGCUAUAUUAUGGCUACACCUUUGUAUUCCAGUAGUAUGAUAAUUGUAACACAUACAUUCAAGCUGAAACUCUUUAAUAUGAAAGCACUUGUGCUUCUCAGAAGUACUAGUGACAUUGAAAACCUGUGUGCUGGCUGUUUGGCAUUGUGUAUGAUUGAAUGUCUUACUGCGAUAACAUGCUAGUUUAAAAAAUGUGCAGACAAGUUGCAAUGAUGCAAAUAAAUUUUGUUUGCAAC